CAAAACGGUAUUAUAAAGUGGACGUGUUUUAUAUUUCAGAUAAUUGUUUUGUUUACAGUUCCAUUUAGUUUGAUUAAUAACUGUGACUAUUGUGAUGACCUCCGGAAUUAGUGGAGCGAUUAUAGCAUGGCUACUGUUAGCGACAAUAGCACAUGCAAUAGAGGUGAACGUUACGGGUGAAUGGCGUCCAGACCUGGGAUGGGAAGUUACGUGUGGGUGGCAAACUCUGUCCAAUGACACCCUACAGUCAGUCAGAUUAUUUAACAAUGGGCAGCAGUUCAUGAUUUACCGACCUGAGAGACACGGACUGUCACGAAGCGAAGUGUUCCAGACACCUCAGACAGUGAUGCACGUGGACUGCGCCAUAACCAUAGAUAGGGGACAAGAAGGAAGGUGUGUUAUGUUUCUUGAACCUUACCAGCCCUCCGUGAACGAUUUCACAUACUCAUGCGAAGUUUCUGGCGAGAGACCGAUGUUCCGGAUUGGAAAAAAGGACUACCUCGUUAAAAUUCUUGUUCCACCAUCGAAUGCAUCACUCACUAGCAAAACCCAAGAUGGAUCAUCUCCAACCCGCGUAAUGCUCAACUGUUCUUCGACUGGUCUUCCAGCACCCAACCUGCACUGGACUGUCGAUCAGGAUAAGCUACAAGCAGAUUUCACUGGGCGCGUUUGGAAUGCAACGUCAAAACUUUGGAACGUCUGGUCUUAUCUAUCAUAUACACGGAACACAGAUGCUAAGGUUCUUUGUACUCCUGAGAUAAAUUCACAUAAUGAGAUUAUUAGAGGAACGCCAGCAGAGUUCAAUUCGGCAUCUAGAUAUUUUGGUACAACACCUAUAAUGUUUAUGACAUUAUUUCUAUAUCUAUUAAGGUGAACUAAAUUUUUACGGACUCUUACUUAAAUGAAACCACAGAGUAUUGAUGUUUUUUUUGUAUUUUUAUUUCAGUAGGAUAUCGUUGUUGACUUAGAAACAUUAAGGUGGGGUUACACUGGAGCAAUAAGCACAGAUAAUAAAAUCAUAGUCAUUAAUUACUUUUAGUAAAUCUUUUAUCAUAUAAUAAUGUCCUGAUUAUUAUAGUUAGAUUAUUUAUAUGUGAUUUUGUUCGCAGUGUAACCACUAGCUUAGUAAAAUAUUGGUUAAUAAAAUCUCCACACUGCAUAUAUAAUUAAAAUAUAUAACUAUAUGUUCUAUGAAAAAACGUUCUCCAGUUAUACAACAGAUAUACAUAGAUAAUACGAAUAAUGGUAACAUUUGUCACUAUUAAACGAAAAUAUUAAAAAAAAAACAUCAAAUUUCAUAGAACACAUUGGUAUAUCUUUAUAGGUUUGCUUUAUAUUUCUAUGGGGGUAAAUAUUCAUUUUUAAGUAGAAAUGCUACUCUAUGGACAACAUUCAUAUUAUAGACACCAAAGAUAAAUAAAUAUACUGAUUAAGUAAAAUUUUAUUGACACAUGUGGACCAAAGUUAUUAUUUUUUUUAGGCUAUUUUAUACCAAAUCAUGAUUCAAUGAUAUAAUUAUAAUUACAGGUAAUUUUUUACAUUGUUUUUAAUUGUAAGAUCUCAUAAUUCUAUGUAGAAAUUUGAAUUUUAGACCGUUCAUUUCAAUGUAUAGUAUAAGGAUUUUCAACCACAUGUGUCAAGGUCAGUGUGGAGAUUACCUUACAGUGAUUUUGGCAUUCGGUUAGGGCAUCUUAAAAAGUUACGUCUCUAUAGAUUAUACUUUCGAAGUUAUAUUCAGAUUACAUUAUUAAAAUCCAAUUUACAUGUAACUAAGAGAAAUAUCUUAUUAAUAAUAGAACCGUUUAAAAUUGUAAUGUGCGUGAAUCGUUAUAUUUAAAAAUAUUCAUAUAAAGAUUAUUUUCAAUGAAUUUGUACAAUGUGUCAACAAAGAGAACAUUAUAAUACUAUUUAUACUAGUUUUUUUUUAAUUCAACAGAACUUAUAUAAUAAUCGAUUUUUAUUCAAUAAUUGUAAAAUAAAACUAAAGUAGCGUCAGCAGGUUAAUUGUCAAAAAAACUUAUUAAACAACUUUUUUUUUUCUUUUUUUUUGUAGAAAAUUGAUAUCUACAUAUCAGAAUGAUUUUUGCCUUUGACAAAUAACCAGACAUGACGAAAUAAUAUUUCAAAACAUUGCAACUGUUUCGAUAGUUUACUUUUAAAUAUAUUAUUA